UCUGAUCCAGAACGCAACAUUAAUCCGUAUUCCUUUCUGCAAUUAUUUUUAUCGUUCCUGCAUAUCGUUUGCUAUUUUACGCUUCUCGAUCGGUUCUUUGGGUUCCAAUUAAAUGAUCAAUGGAAUCUCUCAUCUAAGUCAGAGGGUGGCGAGCAAUCGUUAUGGGGUGCAAUAACAGCCCAUAGCAAGUUUACACGAUUCAAGGAUAAUUUCUUGUUCGAUUGGUCGGUGGAGGGAGCUCAGCAACGAUACUCUGGUGCUGAUAGACAUCAAUUGGAUAGUCAUUGUUUUUACAUUAAUUACAUAACGACCGGCUAUUCAUGGAGAUCAAAAGUAACGGGACAUUAUUGGCCAAGAUUAUCGUGGAGAAAUUUGCCAACCGCUUUCCUCUCUUCUUGUCUCGGUCAAUAUGAAUUGGAUGAACGAAUUAUACGAACCUCGCCAUCAACCUUUUGGCAAAAUGACGGCUCCUUAUCUGUUUACAGUCAGCUUCCGCCACCCCAUCAACAAGUGCUCAUGAACAUUUCACUGAAUCACGAUUCUUACGACCCUGUGAAACAUAAGCUUCAACCUGGGGCCUGGUAUAACGUUUAUGUUGAGGAUAGAAAGAAAACCCUUCUGUUCGACGAGGAACCAUUUUUGACCACCCUUCCGUUGGUUGAAGACCUGUUAAGUUCAUCCGACAAGGCAGGCAUGGAAUGGAUUAACAAAAUCGAAACCGCCGAAAUACUAGAAAGCCCAACGAAACUUAUCUAUUGGAUGAAUCGAAUGCAAAAAUUGCAAACCGGUUCGGAGAAUGCCGGUGAUAACGAGAAGAGUGAUGGAACUUUAUUCUCGUCGCUGUCGACUAUGCAAGGAUCCAU